AUGCUGAAGCUUCUACGAUAUAAGGGGUCUUUGAGGCCUUUGACAACAAGGGAUCUCUGGCUCAAUUUUGAAAAAGAUUUUCUCAAAACUCAGCAGCGCCAUCAAUCAACUGAAAGUCCUGCACUCCCUGAAUCUGCAGAUGUUGUUAUAAUAGGUGGUGGUAGUGCUGGCUGUAAUACUCUCUAUCAAUUAUCUAAAAGAGGUGUUAAAGCUGUUCUUUUGGAAAAAGCAAAGGUAACUGCAGGUGAAACAUGGCACAGUGCAGGGCUUAUUCUUCAGAUGAGGAUGUCAGACACAGAAAUGCAGUUAAGAUCUGCAACGAAAAAAUUGUUAGGUGUUCUUCAGGAAGAAACAGGCGUUGACCCAAAGUGGGUCAACAAUGGAGCUAUAUAUUUGGCAAGAUCAAAGGUCCGAAUGGAUGAGUACAAAAGGAUGAGCACGCUGGCUAAAAACUUCAAUAUUGAGACACAUCUUUUGUCUCCUGCUGAAACAAAAGAUCUGUUUCCACUCCUUGAUACUGCCCUGAUUCAAGGUUCUCUGUACUGCCCCAGCGAUGGUGUGGUUGAUCCUACUGCUUUUUGUCAAGCUCUGAACACAGCUGCCAUCAAUAGUGGUGCCGAGAUAGUUGAAAAUUGCCCCGUCACAAAAAUAAUUACUGGGAAGAGCCAAUUUGGAUACAAACAAGUAGAAGGUGUUCAAACUCCAUAUGGAACAAUAAAGACUAAAUGUAUAGUCAAUGCUACAGGUGCUUGGGCAGGAAAUCUUUCUCGAAUGGCUGGCCUAGAUGUACCUGUAGUACCCUUACUACACGCAUAUGUUGUCAGUUCUCCUAUGCAGUCAAUUACUCGUACUUUACCGAACGUGAAAGAUUCCGAUGGGAGAAUCUAUUUCAGGGUGAAAGGAGGUUCUCUUUGUGUCGGUGGUUUUGAGUACAACCCAAUAUUUUUAGAUCAAUUAUCUGAAGAUCAUGCCUUUGAGUUGUUUGAACUAGAUUGGAAAGUGUUUGAAGCCCACAUGCAAAAUGCCAUUGAUAUAUUACCAGCCUUUGAAACCACUGGAAUCAAGACUACAGUUUGUGGAACUGAAACGUUCACCCCUGAUUUGAAGCCUUUGAUAGGAGAGGACCCUAGGUUGUUAGGCUUCUAUCAUAUGUGUGGGUUCAAUGCAUCUGGAGUUGUGAUGAGUGGUGGCUGUGGUGAGCAGUUAGCCAAGUGGAUUAUACAUGGAAGACCAGAUUUUCAUAUGUACAGCUAUGAUAUUAGGCGAUUUACUCCAGAACAACUUGGAAAUAAAGCUUGGGCAAAAGAAAGAUCUCAUGAAAGUUAUGUGAAUAAUUAUAAAAUUAUAUAUCCACAUGACGAUCCAUUAGCUGGCAGGAACCUUAAACAGGACCCAUUUUAUGAAGAAUUACUCGUUGCUGGAGCAGUUUAUGAACAGGCACAAGGCUAUGAAAGACCAGGGUGGUUUAAUCCUCAAGGGUACUGUCCUAUACCUACAUACGAUUGGUACGGUGCCUAUGGUACUCCAAGGAAUCUUGAUAAAAGAUAUUUAACCCUGUUGAAAGGAGACCAUUCUUUUGGAUUUUCUAAACAUCACCUUGCUAUCGGAUCAGAAUGCCUAGCUUGUCGUGAGCAAGUUGUGAUGAUGGACUUUUCUUACUUUUGUAAAUUAUAUAUGAUUGGCCCUGAUACUCAGAGAGCAGCCGAUUGGAUAUUUACUGCUGACACAGAUGUUCCUUUCGACCAGGUUGUCUAUACGUGCCUUCUCAAUGAAAGUGCUGGAAUCGAAGCUGAUCUUACUGUUGUUCCAAUUAGGCCUGGUACUGGAACCAUGGCAAAUCCCAUUUUUAAGGGACGUGGAAUGUAUAUAGUUGCCGGUGGUGCUUCAGCUUCACAAACUAGAGCACACAUUAUGUCAGUGAUAAAGAAAAAAGGAUUUAAAGUGGACAUAACUGAUUUCUCAUCUCAAGUGGGGCUGUUAGCUAUCCAGGGUCCUGCCAGCCGUGAACUUCUACAAAAUCUAGUGGACUGCGAUCUAAGAGAUGAAAACUUUCCAUAUAAAACAUCACGUGUCAUUAAGUUGGCUGGCAUCGAGGUGAGAGCUAUGAGGACCAGUUUUGUUGGAGAACUCGGUUGGGAAAUUCAUGUGCCUGAACAUGCCUGCAUUCCGGUAUACUUGGCCCUCUGGGAAGUGGGUAGAAAUUAUGGUCUAAGACAUGCAGGAUACAGAGCACUUUACUCCUUGUGCUCGGAGAAAGGUUACAGAUUAUGGAAUUCGGACGUAAGAGUUGACGAUAAUCCUGUCGAAGCAGGACUGGACUAUACAUGUAGAUCAGAAGGGGAGUAUUUAGGUAAAAAAGCUUUAGAAGAAGUUUUGCAGAAUGGAAUUAAAAAGAGACAUGUCUUCAUCACAGUGACUGACUCUAUACCUCUCUAUGGCAUGGAAACUAUCUGGAGAAAUGGAGAAAUAGUUGGUUACCUAAGGAGGGGAGAAUAUGGUUUUUCUCUUGGUUGCAGCGUAGCUCAAGGAUAUGUGAGAUGUCCAAAUGGAGAUAAUGUAACCACUGAAUUCAUAGAAUCUGGCAAUUAUGAAGUGGAAGUGCUCGGAGUUCGUCAUAAAGCAGAGAUUCACCUCAAGAGCCCCUUUGACCCAGAGAACAAAAGACUUCAAGGCAUUUAUGAUGAACCUCUUCCAGUAAGGCAGAGCUUUGAGCAGUAA